AUGGAUCGCUCCUCUCUGUGCUUCUCCCAAAAUUACACCGACUCUUCACUGAAACGGUUUUCAGAGGUGGACUUCACGGACAAGAGCAUCGAGGAAAUUGGAUUGGAACAGCAUGAUGGUUAGCAUAAGUAAAAGCCUUGGACGUCUCUGCCGGGAGCACAAAUCUUCAAAUGUCUUUAAGGGAGACAAAGACGUCGUGACUUCAGGCGGAGACAGAAUAACAAAAGGUGGUGAGAGAGGAAAUCAAGAAGGCCAUCUGAAGAGAGAAGACAGAAAAGUUCAGGCAGUUCGAAACUUCCUCUCUCUUUUCGGAUGUUUUUUUUCCUUUCCCGGUUCCUUCUCUUUAGUCGUAUGUGCCGUGUGAUGAGGGCAGCUAAUCUGUGCCUGUCAGCAUGAGACCACCGAGGAGACGAACCCCCCCAGACUGGAACACAAAUAAACACAGAGACUGAUCAGUCCGUCCCAGAGCGUGAAAACAGACGAGGACGUUCAUAAAGAGCGAAGACGAGGUGGAAAAUACAGGAAAACAGAAACCGAGACACAACCGAGUCAUCUUCAUCUCCUAAACUGUUGAAUUUAUUCGUGUCCACGUUUGGUUUUGUUUCAGGUUGUGAAGUGGCCCCACCGUCUUAACCUUCGUAUUUUUAAUCAUCCGUCCUCCACGGCUCCUCUCUGCCAAAAAUCCAACGAGAGCAUCUUCAGGGUGUUCAUUUAAAAACGGUAAUUAACACCAAAGGUGAGCUCAAACAGGAGAGAUUCAUUCUAAACCGCCAAUUAAUAUGAGAGGCGAGCCGAGGCUGUCGGCCAAUCUUAAUGAGUUCAGACCACAGAGCGCCCCCCGGUGACGCAUUUAUCUGUGGAAAACUUUUUCGUCUUCCCCACGGCCCAAAACUUAUCUCUGAGUUUCCUCAGUUAUAGAAAAAGUUUUGUGGUUCACUCCAGAGACGAAAAAACCUGAAAACCUGAAAACUCAGAGGGACACGGUGAGAGAGGAUGAGUGAGUUACACACCUGCAGGUCAACGUAGCUGCUUCUCAUGGCCAGAGGGAAGUUCAUCAGCUCAGCGGACGAGUGACCGCCAACCUCUCUCUUUUUUUACUGUAACCUCGGCUCUGAAGGUCAGCUCUAGCCUGUUUACGUUACCAUGAAGAGCUGAAAGAGGCGGUUCUUGCUGAACCGGAUUAGGAAGAAUCCAAACUCUGCUCUGACGUGGAAACAUGGAUCACAGACGACUUGAGCAAGAUCGAUCAGCCUUUGUGGAGCUGAAAACGAUCUGUGUGUGUUUGGAUUUUAUCUUUAACUGCACUUUAAUAACCCCAGACUCCAGACACUGGACCCUUGCCCCGAAUUUCCACCACGUCCACAACAGCUCCGAUCCAGAACGGCUGCAAUUUUCGCCGUCCGCCAAUUUCAUUUGUGGGGCGAAGAAGUUCUUUCUUAUCUUCGGUUACAUAAUCAAAGUUAGGAUUAUAUUUUUUAGUAUUUAUGUUGAGUAUGAACACAAACGGAGGUCAGUUUCAUGUUUGUUUAGUUCUCCUAUCCGAUCGAAAAGUCAGAAUUUCAUCAACAAAAUUCAAGACGACUUCAGACGUGUCCCUUGAUGGCGGAUUCAUGUGCUCUGUGGUGGUAACCCCCAAUUUACACCGCAUCCGGAACGGCGGCAAUCCGCCAAUUCCUACCUGAUCCAUUUGUGAGGCGAAUUUCCUGGCGGAUUACAGACAGACAGACAAGAAUCGCAAGAACUCUCAAGAACCCGGAAGAUUCACGUGCAGUCGCGCAAUUACAAGUUGUGUCUUUCUAGUUUCUAGUAGUUAUUUUGAAAAGAAGACGGAUGUUUUAUUUUGAAGUCUGUGCCCGACACAGACCGACACAGCGGAACGGAACGGAAGUAAGCCGGGGGAAAUUGACACGUUAACUUGAAUGGUUACGAUCAGCGGUGGAAAAUGGCGGUUAUUGUCAGCAUUAAGCUCUUCAGAUCUACUCUGUGGAUUCACUCAUACUUGAACAGGGCUCUUUUAGGUUUUAAGGUUUGUGGAUGUGCUCUUCUCUGUUCGGCUUUCUGUCCACUUCUUUCAGCUCGAUGUCCAUUAAUAAUUCAGGUCGCGGUUAUUACUUUAAAGGUUAGCUGAGUUUAUAAUGUCGGCGUUUAAAUGAAAACUGCUCCAUAAGUUUCAGCAUCGCCGUUUUUACAGCCCGCUCAGCAUUUAAAUGUUACAGUGAUUUAAAAUUAAUCAAUAUUAGACGAGGCUGAUACUCCUCGGGCUUUUUUCAGAGCUCUCCCUCGAGACGAAAUUUAUGACACAAAGAAGACAAGGCAGUCUGGAGCGACGAUAUAACACUCCUCAGACCAUUAGUUUGGGCUGUAAAUCAAAGUACUGAUGCAGACGGUGGACUUGUCCCUCACAGGUCCUUCAGAUCCGGUUCUGACAUGUGGUCUAAAGUGAUCAAAUGGACCACUUUAAAUAUGAGCACUCAGACUUUGCAUCAACAGGUGUCCACUGUGACCACCUCUGACUGAAUCUUCAUAGAUACAGCCCAUGACUUUGAUAUUUGGGGGCGGGGCAUCCAAAUGGAUAACAAUUCUCAUCGCCAUGUUGUAUAUUGAGUUAUUACUGUGAACAUAGGGCUGGGCGAUAAGGCCUCAAAUCAAUAUCAUGAUAUAUUAUAUAUAUACCGAUAUUGUCGUUAAUUUGAGUAUCGUUAUAUUUUUGGUUUAUUGCCCAGUCCUAACCCAGAUACAGCUUUGUCCUUUUGUUUGAUAACAUAUUGAUGCUAAAAGCUCAUGUUGUGUAUCGUCUCUGUUAUCAGUGUUACUACAGUAUCAAGGACAUCAGUAUCAGUGGACGCUGUGUUUGCAUCGGUCACGCUGAGACCUGCAACGCCGAGGACCCCAACGACCCCUACAAGUAAGGUUUAGAUUUUGAGCUCUUGACCGUAGCCGACCUACACACAUCCAAAACCAACUUUCAUUUAUCUGUUUUUUUGACACUGAAUAUGCUGAUAUGGGCAAAAUGACGUUGGUUAUCGUCGUAAAUUUCAGUAUCUGUAAAUUUUCGGUUUAUCGCCCAGCCCUCUGUGAACGGACUAAGAACGAUACUUUAAUAAACUGACAGGAUCAUAAGUUAUCAAUUAUCAAUUAUCAAUUAAACAUAAAGGCAUAACUAAUGCUACAUUCCAGUUACCUCGAAAGUUGGACGUCAGAGCUGGGAAUGACGUUACACCCGAGUUGACGGCGUUCCAGUAAACGAGUCGGAAAACCAAGAUGGACGCCUGCUGUUAGCCGUUGUAAGUUGUUGUUAGCUAUACCAGUUGUAAACAACGUAUAACAUAAUAUUUUACUCUCACAAAUCCAUCUUGGAUUAUGAUGUUGUCGACAAGUCAGGGUUGGUGAGAUGAAUAUCCGACUCGGAGUACGACUUGAACGCAGCAUUCGUUGUUUCAUGAAUACAAAGUUGUGUAAAAAGUAACACCCAGGAUCAAGCUGCAUCAAACUUUUUUGUUAUUUUUAAUUACAGAUAAAAAGUCACAGACUCACAGCUUAUCAGUGUAAAAGCAGCUAAAAGCAGGAGGAAAUGAGGGUUUCUGGUGUCAGACACAGACCGAGUUUUUCUCUGCAGAAAUUUCAUGAACUCUAAACCUGCUCACAUUUUAGCGAGUUACACAGUUAUUGUUGUAUUUCACGGGGAUUUACACUCAAAGCUGCCUCAGUUUGCAAAAUCUGGUAAACUGUUCAUCAGCCUUCAGACGAUUAAUCCAACAAAGUUACUGCUGCGCUGACUGCAGACACACACCUUCGGUUUUUGGAUUCCCCGGGCGAAGCUUGUUCUCCUGCCAGAUGGUUACAGCCUCAGAGUUUUCCUGCUCGGCUCUCUGCUGCAGUUUGAGUAAAUAAAACUCAGGUUUUCUGGUGCAUAUGGGAGCCAAGCAGCUGGUCAUGUUACUAGCUGUUUGAAGGGUCCACCGUCACACUCCUCAGACUGAAACAAUCACGUGAAUUAAACCCAACAAAUCAUAUUUGAGCAUUUUCAAUUUUUACCUGCAACUGCUACAGGCGAUAAACUUUACAUGCUUCUCUAGUUGGAUGAUAAAAAGUGAAUUUAUUUUCAGUGUCAGAAACUUUCCUGCUGCUGCGGCUGAUAAAAGAAAAGUACGAAUCUCUCAGACUUUUAUUUGAAUGUGAAAAUAACCGUGAAGGCAGAUUGGACCAGAAUCCCAAAACUCCUACGCUGAUCAAAAGUCAAGGACAAAGAAGAAAACGCACCUUCUCUGCUCCUUCAUUUCCCUCACACUUUAUGAAGUAAUAAAACUUGAAGACCUUAAAAAUUAUCUUUAUGAUGAGCUGGAGAGACUUUAAAGUUUCAAACUUCAUACUGACAAGACUAAGACCUCUGUCUUUAUAGACGAUGGUUUGAGCGGCUCCUCUUAAACAAAGCUCUUUAAUUAAAAAGAAAAUGUGAUUUUCUCCUUUUAGUUCGCUUGUGAUUCAGAGUUAAUUCUCCCUUAGGGUUAAGAACGUCAGAAUGACAUGUUGAGGUAAUUGGCUGUGAAAGAAAAGCCUUUAAAAAUCUGGAGAAACACUUGGAAAUAUACCAGCAGCUAUGGUAUUAACAUAUUGUCGUUAGUCGUCCUAUAAUCAGAUGGAUGUUUCCUCAGGAGGAGCUUUUUUAAGGGUAUGAGGUUUUCUUCUUCAUCGUUCAAUCCUGGAGGUGUGUUUGGAUUCCUGAAGAGGUUGGUGGGUGAUGUGCUGCCAGAGGUGAGGAUGGACGAGGUUUUUUUCAGAACGAAGUGCACCAUCAUCGUUGACUUUCUCAGGAGUCUCAGAGGUGAUGCAUUAACUUCAUCAACAGGACAUAUAGGGUCACAGACAUAGUACUAGACACCAAACAUCUUUUUAACUUUGACUCAUUUCUUUAACAAAGAGACUAAACACAACUCACCUACUCUCUUCCAGCAGACGCUCGUUCGUACAGAGACCUUGGGCCAGUCCAUCACCGAUAGGACUGAUCUAGGAUGUUGUAAAUUUUCUAAAUUUUUUGUCUCCAUUUUUAUCUCCAGUGAAACAUUUGAAUGAUUAUGAUUGUCAACUGACUAUUCCAGAAACCAUUUUACCCCCAAACAAUUCACAUCACAUGUAAGUCAAGAUUUAUUCUUAAAUUAAAAAAAAAAAAUCAAUUUUGGGGCAUAAAAAUCUAUUUAAAAAUUGUAAAAUAAAAAAUUGCAAUACUUAUGUGAAUCUAUUUUCUUCUCCCACCCUUACUAAACACAACUCACCUACUCUCUUCCAGCAGCCACUUGUUUGUACGAAGACGUCUGGGCGAGUCCAUUGACGACAGCGGGGUGCCGCAGCUCAAGGAAGAACAUUUAUGAUCAUUUCUUCAUAGAAAUACAAUCAGACCGAGACGCUAAGACAGAAGAACUACCGCGUCUGUAAAAUGAUGAAUAUGGUGAUUAUUACUUCAAGGAAAUAAUAAAGAAAUGAUCAUAAAUGUUCUUCCUUGAGCUGCGUAACCCCGCUGUAGUCCGUAAUGGACUGGCCUGAGGUCUCUCUACAAACAAGCAGCUGCUGGAAGAGAGUAGGUGAGUUGUGUUUAGUCUCUUUGCUAAAGAAAUGAGUCAAAGUUAAAAAGAUGUUUGGUGUCUAGUACUAUGUCUGUGACCCUAUAUGUCCUGUUGAUGAAGUUAGGUGCUGUUCUGAGCAUUAUUUGUGGCUAUAGAGUGGCGUUUUGGUUGGGGGCGUGGCUCUCUGUAUUUCUAUCCUGCGGUCGUUACUAAAGUUGGUAUAACUAGAGAAGGAAGCGGUCGGCAACAUUCAUCUCUGGAGGGGGGGGUCUAACUCGGUGUUACGGUGGGUUUGACCGUACAUUAAUUAUACACCGUAAUAUCCCUUUAAAUCCACUCACCCUUGUCUUCAGAUGUUUGAGCUCCUUUGUUUGUAAAGAUUCAUCCAUCUGGAGUUGAUAUAAACUAAACCAUUUCUCUGCAACAUAUAAAGAUCAUAAAUUUCAUUGAGUUUACUACAGUUUGCACAUGCCAGUACACAAACUAUGUCUUUGUUUCAACGUUUAAUAUCGUUCCGAUCUAAACUCAUCCUUUCAUUAUAUUAGAGAGAAAAAAAGUCAUUUCCCAUAUAUGAUAGCUUGAGGCUGUCCGUUCACUUACUUUAUUAUGUUUUAUGGAAGAAAUUGAGACUGAGGGAUGAGUUCAUAAAAAAAUAAAGAGGAUUUAUUCCAGGCAGAAGCUGCUAUAAAGUCUAAGAGGAGAGAAAAUACACACUGCUCCAUCGCUGCAACCAUUAUCUGAUCCACAGGUGAAUUUUUACAUCAUUAGGUAAAAUGAAUCCUUAUUAUCCAGUGUGUUAUUUUCAUUAGGAGACACAGUGUUUCUGCAGAAGUGUCGUUUUCCUUCAGAAUAACAUACGAGCGUUUGCAGAGUCAUCGUGUGUUUCUCAUUAAGAGAAAAACUAGAUGGUUCAAAUGAGACUGCGGCUCCUGGUUUGAUAGCACAAUAGCCCCGAGACAAAACCGGAGUCUGCUGCAGUAAAAGCCGUCUCACUGAUCUCUGUAUUAUUUUACUUUAGAUUAGAAACACCUCUAAUGAGGGACAUUUGUUCGGAGUUUAAGACGGCAUCAAUAAUAUUUGCAGGAGGAGUCUGACCCCAAAUCUCCACCUUCAUCCUGAUCGUCUCCUAAAAGGUCAUAUCCUCCGAUCGUAGCUGAUCGUAACCAUUCAAGUUAAUUUGUCAAUUUACACCGACUUCUUUCCGUUCCUCUGCGGAUCGCCGGACUCCUCAGCUGAUCACAAGAGUUCUAGUUUUUCCUGGACGCUGGCGCAUGGCGGAUAAAUUCAGCACAGAUUAACCCGUGCUGGAAAGACGUCAUUUCACCCCGAUGACACCAUGGAUGAGGAGAUGCUGAUUCUAGAAGUCUAGAAGUAGAUUUCCUCCUCUGGAAGGACACAAUCUACUUCUUAUAUGGUUAGUCUAUGUGGCUAAAGACUUGUUAUUGCGUGAUCGCAUGUGAAUCUGUGGGGUUUUGUGAGUUCUCGCGAUUUCUGCUGUCCAUAAUCUGCCACGAAGUUCGCCUCACAGAUGGAUCCAGUAGGAAUUGGUGGAUCGCCGUCGUUCCGGAUUAGAGUCGUUCCAGAUGCGGUGAAAAUCGGGGGUUACCACCACAGAGCACCUGAACGCACCAUCAAGGGACACGUCUGAAGUUGUCUUAUUAAUGUUGAUGACAUUCAGACUUUACACUUGGAUACAAGAACUAAACAAACAUGAAACUGACCUCAGUUUGAGUUCAUCUCAAGGUCGUCAUUAAGAGGAUAUACUCACUUUACAGUAGUUUACCCUGAAGAUGGCGCCAAAGUAGCUGCUAGCUUCUUCGGCGGUUGGUUGUUUAGUAUCUCAUAACUACUGAGUCUGAUGUGGGUUGUGCUGAACGACUGUGCAGGUAUGAGAAUCAUCAGCAUUAUUCAUGUCACCUGUCAGCGGUCGUUAGCUAGCUUCGUAAAUCUGCACUCCUCUUCCUAAUUUUUUGUGUUGAAACUUUUAUGGACACCUGAAAAUCCAACACCCUCAUUUGUGGAUCUGUGUUUUACCUGAAAUUCACUUAUAACCCCAUUUAUCCCGUCUGUUCAGGUUGAUUCUGCCACAGCUCUCCCUGACGAUAAUUAACUUAGAUUGGUUUAAUUCUUUAUUUGCCGCCCGGCACCACUCCCGGCCUCUCCGCAGCGCCUCCAGUGAUGGACGAAGCUGAGUUUACCGGUCCUGCAGGAACAGAUGAGCUGAACCCGUUUAAGACGGAUGUUAAAAACGGAUUUUAGCUGCAUAAGGAGCAGAAAGCUUCAACGCUCUCUUUUGUGGAUCCCAAAACACAAUUAAGGCCUCGAAUGGUCUCCUUUGUUCAGGUGUACUCAGACACUGACACGAUUACUCUGACACAGUUCCUCCUGACGAUAAUUGACCUGAAUUUAUGACCUGAUCUGAGGCGUGUGUGUUUGUUUGUGUGUGUGUGUGUUUGUGUGGGUCUGUAGUUGUUUUUUCACUCGGUGCAGAGGGCCGUUCAUUUAGAUUUCAUUAAUUGGAGAGCUAUCGUCCAAUAAAAGCAUCACCCCGCUCGGUUCGUACCCACAGGUCUGUCUGCUGAUUAAUUUCCAUUUGAUGGAUGAGCCGCUGCUGUGAAAUGAGGCCGACAUCCUUCAGAGUUAAAACCACAUUAAUCAAUCAGCUCAGACAUGUUAAAAUGAGAAGACUGCUUUUCUUUAUUAUUUUCUAUCAGAUGAAGUAUUUAUUUUUUUAACUCACUUUGACACAAGAAGCCGACUGGUGUGUUCAGAUUAGAUAAGGGCCGAAAAACAAAAUUUACCCAUUGUUGUAUAUUUGUUCCUCUUUAGGACUGUGUUUCUGUCUUUUCUCUGCACUUUUAUGAGCAGAAUUCAGGAUCACAUCCUCCCGCCUGGACCCCCUAGUUCCUGACCGUAAAGACGUCACAGAGCCUCACACGGGGAUCGAUAUCCUGUACAUGAGUGAUCUCUGGCUGUGAACCGAGGCCGGCCCUCCCUUUAAUAAGCUGUCACAGCUCGAUAACGGCGGUAAUAUCACACGUAUAAAGUUUUCUUUUAUAGAUCUGGGAAACUGAGACGUCAGGGGAAAACAGAGACGUUAAAGAAGUCAGACACGAGUGCAGCAGGAGAUUUUUUUAACCUUUUUUUCACUGGAAAAUAACUUUGGAGAUCAAGAUCUCUUUGACAAGUGUGACCUGGCCAAGAGGUCAGCUUACAGACGAUGAACCGAUAAGUACUUCAACAAAUAAGAAGAAAAUGAAUAAGAAAAAGAGGGAAAAAAGGAAAAGGAGAAGGAGAAAAAGAUAAAAGGGAAAAAAUAAAAAUCAGGAGGAGAAAAAAUGAAAAAGAAGAAAAAAAGAAAAAGGAGGAAAAAAAAGAAGAGAAAAAGAAGAAAAGAAGAAAAAUAAGAGGAAAAAAGAAAGAAAAAAGAAGAAAGGACAAAAAAGAAAAAGAGGGAAAAAGGAGAAGGAAAAAAGAUAAAAGGGAAAAAAGAAAAAGAAAAAAUGAGAAAAAGAAGAAAAAGAAAAGAGAAGAAAAAGAAGAAGAAAUAUGUGGAAAAAACAAGAAGAAAAAAGGGGGGAAGAAAAAGAAGAGAAAAAGAAAAAAGAAGAAGAGGAAGAGUUCCUAUAACUACUUAACCAAAAAAGAAGAGAAAAAGAAAAAAAAAGAAAACAUGGAAAAGAAGAAAAAAAUGAAAAAGGGGAAAAAAGAAAAGAAGAAAAAGACAAAAAUUAGGAAAGAAGAAAAAGGAAAGAAAAAAGGAGAAAUAUGUGGAAGCAAAACAAAAAAAUGAAGAAAAAGAAGGAAAAAAGAAAAAGAAAAGGAAAAAAGAAGAAAAAUAAAUAGAAGAAGAAGAAGGCUUCCUCUUCAGACUCCUUCUCUUUUGUCUUCAACAGAUGAUCCCAAAUAUUUAAGUCUUUCAAACACGUUGCAGGUUUAGUCUAAAAUCCAGAUUAUAAUCCACACCAUGCUUUGAGGAAGUCAUCUGUCGUUGCGUUCAGCAAUGAUCCGUUUCGAUGCAGAUGCGUAGCUCCUCCUCUUGAACAUGUUCUCAGCCUGUAGAGCAGCUGAGAUAAUUAGGAGGUACAGACAGAACAGACACGUCCGUCAUGAUGUUUAUGAGUUCCACGCUGCUCUUUGAAGGACUCUGUAUCCUGCUCCUCAUGAACACUUGAGCGUCUCAAACCUUUCUGAGUCCAAGUUUCCCAAGGCGCACCCCCAGAAGAAACCGACCCUAAAAAUAACCAGGAAAGGCAGACAAGAGGAAAUGGAGACAGAGAUAAAUUGCUCUGGAAACUGGAGGGUAAAAUUGGACAUCUCACAUGGGGAGCAGCUUGAUUAGAGCCAGACAAGGUUAAAGAAACAGUCGCCUUUUAUCGAUUCUUUCCCCCCUCUUGACAUGUCUCUGAUAAACCCUGACAGACUGACAAAAAAACAAACAUGCUGUUCCUGCGCCCGCACUGAAAACAGCGAAGUCGGUGUUUGGAGAGAAAAUCAUUUACUCUGAUUUAUUUUUUAAACCUCCUAAAUCCUUUUCUCUGAGGACACUUCUCAAAAAGUUGUCUGGAUCUUAUCAAACUCGUCUGCAGACUCGUUUCGGUUUCCCCGGAGGGAACACUUUUGUCAUUUUAAGCUUUUCUCUUCUUCCUUUUUCUACCGUGAAAAACUUUAUUAUUUGAGAUUCAUAUGUUCAGAUUCAAGCAGCUGAUUUGACUUUUACUCUGUCCGCAAACACCGAUAAUCGGGGUCACCUCAGAAGAUGACCGACCAACAAAAGCUUUAAAAAGACGCGACCUGACUCUGCCACAAACCGCAAACAUCCGUCAAACGACUCGAGGAAAGCAAACCGAACUCUGAAGACCGUCAGUGAACCGUUUCAAAUUGCUUCUCUUCAGUCAAACAUCAGGGGUCACGCUCAGUUCAAGGAAAGUCGAAGGAAAGAUCCCAUCCCUUACACUCCUACGCCAGCUUCGUCAAUUUCAGACACUCAGAACUUUCCAGACUCUGCCUCAUGAUGAAAUGUUAAAACUUUUUUUUUUGCUCGGCUGAACUUCUCAGAAAUAUUUCAACAAUUCUUCAAGAGGCUCAACCGUCUCUGUCUGUAAGGAUUGAUUAUAGACGUAUAAGAAAAUGACUCUUUGUGUCUGUGUCGUAUUUAAAGUCGUCUAAUGACUUUAUGAGCCGUUUGGUUCAGUUUGAUUUCUUAAAUGUUGACCCUGGAGUCUUUGACUCUCAGCUGCAGCUCCUAACUUUAGUCUACGUCUAACAGCUCAGACCAGACUCUGCUGUUCCACAUCCACAAAGGUGUUAAAUAAAGAAGGGGUGCAGCAGAUUACUUUGCAGUUCAGGUGACCCGGGUUCAGUCUCACCCUGUCGCCUCUUUCUGAAAUGUUUCUGCUGUUUUCUUUUCCUCUAAUAAAGGACAAAAAAUAAGAUCAAGAUGAGUUAAAAACAAACACGGGUCUACUGUCUUGAUCAUAUUAGCAUGCGAUAAGUGGGGCUGCGAAGGAUGCACCUGAUGCAUCGAAGACAUACAGCGUUCGCCACAUUUGGAGGAACCUUCAAAUCUUCACAUGCAGCCUCUGAAUUUGGACAUAGCUAUAGACACGGAGCGCUUAGAAAUAUAAGAACUGUUAUGAAUGAGGGGAGCAACUUUUCUGCAAAGUUGGUCUGCUUAUGGAUCCACAGGAAUACGUGCGAUCAUCACCUACGAUCAAAAACUCGGAGGAAGCAAGUAAGAGCGCACUCCCUCAGUGUAUUCAUGCUGUAUGUGAAGGUUCUCCUGCAGACGAACAAAGGAACAGCAGAGACGUCAGAAACUGCACCAAUUGUGAGUCGUACUCUAUAAAUCAGUGCGCAAGCUUUCCAAAUAAAUAACUUUAUGCAUGAAAAAAAACAUUUUCAACUCUAAGCUUUAUACAGUGGAGCGUUAUCAGGCUUCUCCUAAAGGAUGUUUACACAGUGUGAGUGUGAAUAAAUGGUGAAAAUAAGUAAAUAUUGAAACAGACUGAAAGGGAAGAGUAACUCCCAGUUUCUGUGCUGAAUUUAUCCGACACGCUCCGGCGUCCGGAAAUAAUAGAUCUCUUGCGAUCAGCUGCGAAGUCCGGCGAUCGGAAAGAAGUCAGUGGAAAUUGACACGCUAACUCGAAUGGUUACGAUCGGCGGAAACUGACUUUUUGUAGCCGUUCCGUAUGCGGUGGAAAUUGGGGUUGAGCUUCAUAAAAACGAGCGUUUUCAGGUUUCUCCUAAAGCUUUAGUUCUUCGUGUGUUAAACUCAUAAUUAAUUGUGUGACUUCCUGAUUUUAAAAGCUAUACUGAGAUUCAGACUUUUAACUCUGCAUGAUUUAUUUAUUUAAAACACUUCAGAGCGAAUCACAGAGUCAAACAGAAACGUGUUUGUGUGUUUGAUGAAGGUCAGAGAGACUCGAUCUGUUGAUCUCCCAGAAGUAAACACAGAGUCGGCUCCUCUCUUUACACUCGCCUGUGGACUGUUUGUGGUUUUAAUUCCUCCUGUUUGUUCGUUUGCUUGUCGACAUUGAGAAAGAUGUGUAUUUGCAUGUUGCCUCGGCUCACAUUAUCGUAUUUCACAUGCAGCGAGUGUGUGUGUGUGUGUGUGUGUGUGUGAGGACGUUGCAUCACCCCUGCAGACUUGUUCACCUCCUCUGUUGUAAACAAAGAUCAGGGCACUCAAUUAUCCUCCUCCCCGCCUCCAGGCCUGUUGGAUCAAUGCUUGUGAUUAACAUUUUGUGGUUCUUCUGGUUAAAUUAAAUCACCGCUCAGGUCUGUGUGACAAUGAAGGAGGAAAAAAACUCCCUUCAGUCUCCAGUCUGACUGCAGCACUUUUUGGAUAUAAUAAAUGAAAUGGUGAACACCUGCAGGGGAGUUUUAAUUACAAUUUCAUGCAAAAUACUUGGAGUAAGACUAUAAAUCAGUGAGGAAAUGUGAGGUCAAAGACAUUAAAUCUCUUCCACAGACACUCAUUUUCUCCAGCAGAGGUGAAUAUUAAUGAGCUGGAGGACCAAUGAGGACCGUUUAUGGAUCCAGCUGCACCAGAGUAAUAGUGAACGUGUUUCAUCGACGAUCAUUGACUCAAUGUAACUGUAAAUGUACCAGCAGAAUGAGGAUAUUUGUCUAAAAACCGACAAUAACAGAGAAAGACUGAUUAAAAAUUCAGGUCAGGUCCCAACAGACUAAAACCCGAACAUAUCCGAGAAUGAGGAAGUACAAAUCACUCUUUGUGUUUCUUUGUCUUUGAGUUAAACGCUGAAAUCUUCGGAUAAAUAUUCUCUCAGGAGGUUAAAGUCUGAGUGUUUGCAAAGCUGUGGAUUUGUUUGAUUGGAAAAACACUCUGAAAUAUCAGUGAUUGAGGCUUGAAAACAAAUGAACGUUAAACUGCAUGAAACAAAUUCAAUGUAUCGCAUCAAACUGAGUGAAAACUUUGAAAACACUUAUAAACAAGUUUGUCUUGACUUCUCAGAGAACUAAUAUUCCUUCAUAAAGUGGUUGGGGAUGAAUUUUCAGGUGGGGUAGUCAGGAUCUGAGUUAGUUCCAGUUUUUAGGAGAAAUCUUGAAUGUAAACUCUACCCCUCCGACCAGUUUUCCCCUCAGCUCCUCCUCUUAAGCCCCGCCCACAAACAGACGCUCCUGCUCGCUCGUAUCGUUCCAAUUAAAUUCAGAUAUAAUGCAGAUAAAUACUUCAGAUCAUUACAAAUGGGGCCCAGUCAAGGUGAAAGUCAAAAGCAUUGGUGCUCCUGUAGAUGCCAACAGACUACCAGCAAACACAAUGUUUGCAGGACUUCUACAACGAGGAUAAAGUGACAUAGUCCAGGACCCGAGGGAGGACAGUUUAGCGAUGGCGCUACAACACGCUACAGCAGGUCCGUUUGACAAGAAACACUUCUGUUACAGACACUUGUCUUACUUUGUUAAAGCGGUUUACCUGUCCAGCAGAAAGGUUACAGGGUCACCAAGAUCCCCAAGCGUCCCCCAUCGUUUAUGUUGACCCGGCUUUUUAGCUCUUGUCCGGUCUACCUCCGUUUUAAGCGCCCGUUAUUCCUCCAGAGUCUCCGGUAUUUACUUUGUUUUCUUGCUUGUGUCGGCAGUCGUGGCCAAAGGAGGAUUCAGACAAUUUUCCGAACUUUCUGGUUGGUUUCUACUGUCCGAUAUUGUAGCACGCUAACUUUGUUUGGGCUCCUGAACGACACGGGGGAGCAGCGUCUGCCUCACAACCAAUCAGGUUAGAGGAGGUGGAGAACGGCUUUGUGAAGAGAACACAGAGAUAUUGUUAUAUUACCAAAUGUCAUCAAUAACUGAUAGCUAUUGAUUGAUAUUGAAAGAUUUUUUUUUAAAUACACCAAAAAAAAGAUGCUUCUUUAACGGAAUCCUGCCGACUCCACCUGUUUUUUUAAUCCCCAUGCAUUAACUCAUACGUGACAUAGUAAGACAGUUGUUUUCAUGGUUGUUUCCACGUCUACUUCCACCUACAGAGCCAGCACUGUCUCUAAAACUUUCCCUUCUACCUUCGUCCCUGACAUCAUUACCAGGUCCUGCUGAUAUGUUGGAUAUCUGGUUCUUCACAGCCACUGAGCCGGUAUGGUGGAGCUUAGGGGGUCCAAAUGUGCCGUUUGCACCCUUUUGCAUGAUAAACCGUUCAUGCACUCUUCUCUCCUGUGCAGACGUACCCCCCAGGUAUGUCAGCUCUUCUCUCUGCACAUCCAUCCAUAAUGUUCUUUCCAUCAGAUGAAACAUCUGUCUGCAGAGCUCCGAUGGUUCCCUCCAUACACUGAAAACCCUUUAAAGAUAAUUAUGGAAUAACCAUCAUCUUCAUAUAAUCAGCGCGUCUGUGUCUGCACACUCGGAGCGCCGCGCCGCACAAGAUAAUUUCGACAUUACAUUACAGGAAAAUUAAAACAGCCGCAAAUUGCAGCAGCGAGGGGUUCAACAAAACCGAUGGCUCCACUUCAGAUGGAUAAUUGUCCUUUUUAGAGGCGCCGCUCUGUGGUUUACGUGAACUCUCACCACAGCGUGAAACUUUCACCUUCUGAUUCAGUGGAGUGUAAUUACAGCUGCCCUCAGAGGAAGCUGCCUCAGUGAAAACCAACGAUGCCGCGAGUGUGCCGAGGCUCUGAUGAUGCACAGAUAAAAGAAUAAAUUAGUAAUUCUGCGAAAUGACAGCAGAGAUGAGGUCUGUUUGGAAAGCGGCGGUUCUGUAAAUGGAAACACUGAGAUUACAGAACAAAGGGGUUCGUAAUUAUCCUACACAACAAGAUCUCCGGAUGUAAGGGUGGAUUUAGAGGACGGGGGACUAGUUUUCUAGAAGGUUCAAGACUGAUUCCUCAAGUUUAAGUACGGAGAUAUAUCCCAAAAGUUUCAGCUGACUUCUAUUUCUGAUCUGACGGAUGUUUCAAUGUUGAUUUUAGCAGGAUAGAUAAACAUAGAUCCAUCAGAGAUGCUUCUGUACCUGCUAAACGAAGAUAAACACGAUCAUCUCAUCAUCAGUGACUUCUCGCCUCCCCUUUAGACAUUCCUUUAAACUUAUAAUUCAGACAUUACAGUAUGAAAUUAUAAGAGAUAAUCUGCAGCAGUGAGGAGCUUUAAUAGACCAGGUGGCUCCUUUCAGAUCAAUAACUUUUCUUUUUUCGAGCUGCUGUGUGAACCAGAGCGUGAAACUUGAACCCUCUAAUUUAACCCUGAGAAGAGGCGUAAAUACAGCUGUCAUGUAUGAUCCUGUCUGACUGAUCAGGAUGUUGGACAAGUUUGAGAUCUCUUGAAACCCAGAGUGAGGACAAACUGUACAGGGCUGUUUGCCGACUGAAGUGUUCCUGCAGCCUUCAGGUAAACAGGAAAUAAGAAAGACGAAGAGAAGAGAGGAUAAGAGGAGGGAAACAGCGUGCUCAUGAUUUCAAGAUCUCUUUAUCUGAAAAAUAACCUGAUCUUAAAUAAGUUUGGUGUCCUUAUCUCUUUAAGCCCAAAAAUGUCACCUCCUAAAAAAAGAAACUCUGAGUUUUACUUUAAUGACAGACAGCCUCUCUGCUUUAAGCGAUAUUUACACAUGCAGCACAUGUUGUCCUCCACCUGCAGGCACCAAUCAUAGGUAGGUGAUAUCAUGCAUGUCGCUCCCUGCUGAGCAAGUUCUAUAUUUAAUAUCAGCUGCUUUUGACAAGAAACAGAACACAUCACUUCUGGACUUCUUUACGGCUUCACUUCUUCUCCAGCAUGAAAAGAUCGAGUUUCAGUUUCAGCCUUUGACUCCAAACGGUUUCAUCUUUUGAUAAGAGCAGGAUUUCCACGGUUCCUGAGAGAAUGUUAAACCGUUGUUCUAGAACGUUGUGGGUUCUGAAAGAGUGUCGAGUUUUAGCUCUAGAAUUUUGACGGUUUUCAAAGAAUGUGGCGCUGCGGUUCUAGAAUGUUAAGGGUUCUGAAUGAAUCUUCAUUAUAGAAUUUUUUAGAGUGCCCAGAAGAAUGGUUUUUAGUUCUAGAACGUUGAGUAGGUCAAACAGAAUGAAAUGUAGUUCUGGAAUGGAGAGAGUUUCGGUUCUCGAACGUUUAGGGGCGUCCAAAAGAAUGGCGUGUAGUUCUAGAAUGUUGAGGGUUCCACACAGAAUGUUACGCCGCAGUUCUAGAAUGUUGAGGGUUCUUUAUGAAAGUUAUAGUUGUAGAAUAUACAGAGUUUCUGACAGAAUUCUGAGGCGAGUUCUUCAAUGUUACAGGAUUGGAAACAAAGAUUAGGUUGUGGUUUGAGUAUGUUGAGUGUGUCUAACAGAAUAAAAUGUAGUUCUAGAAUCCAGAUUCUGUUGUUCUAGAAUGUUGGGGGGUUCUUAAAGAAUACGUGGUUCUAAUCUUAGAAUGUGGAGAGUUCUGAUAGAAUGUUGAGAUGGGUUCCAGAAUGUUGGGGGAUUGGAGAGGAUGUUUAGUUGUAGUUCUAGAAUGUUGAGUGGGUCUAAUAGAAUGAAAUGUAGAUCUGGAAUGUAGAGAGUUCCUGUAAGAAUGUUUGACCGUCGUUCUAGAACGUCAGGGAUUUCUCUUAAACUGCAAACCAUUUUAGCCGGCAGGGUGUCUGUGUUUCUGUGUUUCUGUGUUUCUGCCUCUGGCUUUCAGUAAAUGGGUGUGAAACAGUUUGCGAGUGCAGUCGAUCCCUCUGCAUGUACAUGUACAUGAAAGUUGAAAUGAAAAUCAAUACAGCUGCAGUGAGGUUUCAUAAUUGGUGUUUCUUGGUGUUUCUCAACACAAACCACCGCUGCUCCGACCAUCCGGUCUGGUUCUGAUCGGUGAUCGUUCCUCAGGUCUUUCUGCUCUCACAUGGUGCAGGAUGAAGCACGGAUGUCUUAGUAUGUGCAGAUAAGAAACAUGAUACCUUCAGGUGAAUUCUUUGAUUUUUUUUUACAAACUUCUUGAGUCAAAAGUAAUAACCCAAAAGUUGAAGUUCUUGAUUUUUAUGUCUUUUUAAAUUUCUUUGUGUUGAAAAAGAUGAAGUAUAGUAAAGACGGAUGCUUGCAGUGAGAGCUUGAACCCAAACUCGUCCCUGUGGGAUUUGUUAUCAGAAGGACUCCGGGGGUCUAAUUGAAGCACAUCAGCUCACUGACUUCAGACAGCAGACAGACAGACAGACAGACAGAGGGAGGAGGAGAUGUUUGAGACGAAGGAGAAAUUUUAAGGCUUAAAGUCAUGGUUGACGAUUGGAGUCAUUAGUAAUUAUUAUGAAUCUCGUUUCUAUGGCGAUCUGUCGUACCCGCAACAGACUGAAAAGAAAGAGAAAUAGAUCUCACAUCUGUAGAGGAUAAAAACUGCAGCAGACACUUCAGGUCAUGUCAAUCAGAGAGUUUUUAAACUUUUACAUUAAAAAGUUUGUUAACUUUUUAUAAAUAAGUUUUCGCACCUUUGUUUCCAUGCACAACAUAUGUAUGUUUACUGGGGAGCUUGUGUUGAAUGAGUCACUAAUGUACCAUCGCCGAUCAACCAGAACUUAAACUCACCGAGGAAUUCAACAUUUUCAGAAAUAAUGCCCUCAAGACCCUGAAAUAAUGCAGUUUGAGAGGAGACAUCUUUGCAGGAGAAGCUGAGAGAUAAGGAGCUGCAGAAAAACCUAAAAAGUAAUUUAGUGUGAGAGGAGACCUCUUUGCAGGAGAAAGGCGAAGCUCGGCUAAUAGCUCACAAUGAUGCUAAUGUUUUAUUUUGCUUCUUUCAAACGUUCAAAUCAGAAGCAGUAAAGGUUCAGACUGAUUUUACUUGAAGAAACAAAGGUCCGUGUGAAAAAUGCAUAAUCAGCUCAUAAAGGUUAAUGCCUUUUACUUCGCUUCAUUAAGUACACGGUGUGAUAUCUGUUCUUACACCUGAGCUGGAAUAAAUGUUAAAGCCCCUAAUUAAGAAACACACACCAGUCACAGAUGAUGUAGGCAGUAAUAAUGAGUCUGUGUCUCUUUUGGUCCAAAGUCCUCAUAUCAUCAGAGUUAAAGGCUGAUGCAAAAUUUCCUCAUUCCCCCUCAAGGAUUAAAGAAUUUAUGUGACACUGAACAUCAGCUCUUCAAAGAGGCACAAAUCCUCCAGAGGCUCAGCUGGAUGAAGCUCCAACAACUUUUAAUGACUUCAGUGUUGUCCUGAAGAGCCGGGUCUUCGAAUAUCAACAUCAUGUACCUUUUAAAACUUUAAAACCAAAGAGGUAACCUGUGAAAGAAACAUUUAAACACAUGGGAUUAAAAAGAAGCAGCAGUUCUAGUAUUUAGAUCAUGACAUAAACACAGAUGAAGUUGCAUGAAAAGCGAGUGACAUUUUCAGGUCCGUUUGUAAGAGAGCACUCACAAAAACCCUCUCAUCACAGGGCUGUUGUUGUUUUUUUCGAGUGUACGAUACUCAACGCUGAGAGUGGAUUCAUAACUUUUGUGUCACAGUUCUGUCUCCAAUAUAGAUUUCAUAACUUGUCUGAAAAACUAGAAUGCCAGGUUAUUUUUUACCUUGAGCUACUUUAUCAUUUUUCUUUUCCACUGAGAAUUUUCACUUGUUUCUCCAGAAAUCUAUAUUGAACUUCAGAUUACAAACACGAAUCAUUACUCCAGCAUUCUGACAUUUGCAGUUUAAGGUCAAACAUAUUUUAAUUUCAGCUUUGCAUGCUUCAGGAUUUGCUCGCCUCGGUGUAAAUUUUCCACUCCACUGCGCGGCUCCUACCUAAUAGACCACUGAGGCUUGAAAGAGCAAGUGAUAAGAGAGUUGUCAGGAGGUUCAGCGAGCCUUUCAUAACUCCAGUUUCUCUACAUAAUCCUGCAGCUGUAGGGAGAGUGUUUCAGGUAGACUCACCUCUGGUGUUAUUUUCCUACCAUUACAGUGUCAUUAUUUUAAAUGCUGAUUGGAGCAGCAGGAGAUGACUUUGCUGUGCUUUAGUAAAGUCAUUUUACCGUCACCUCUCUUGGGAAUUUAAAGAACCUCAUACUUCGAAAAGGAAAAAGAGGGAAAACUGAAAAGAAAAAUAAAACUCCCUGGAGACCUAAAGUUAAAGGGAUAUUCCGAAUGUUGCCGACCGCUUGCUUCUCUAGUUAUACCAACUUUAGUAACGACCGCAGGAUAGUAAUACAGAGAGCCACGCCCCCAACCAAAACGCCACUCUAUAGCCACAAAUAAUGCUCAGAACAGCACCUAACUUCAUCAACAGGACAUAUAGGGUCACAGACAUAGUACUAGACACCAAACAUCUUUUUAACUUUGACUCAUUUCUUUAGCAAAGAGACUAAACACAACUCACCUACUCUCUUCCAGCAGACGCUUGUUUGUAGAGAGACCUCAGGCCAGUCCAUUACAGACUACAGCGGGGUGCCGCAGCUCAAGGAAGAACAUUUAUGAUCAUUUCUUCAUGGAAAUACAAUCAGACCGAGACGCUAAGACAGAAGAACUACUGCGUCUGUAAAAUGAUCAAUAUGGUGAUUAUUAAACUUUUAUUAUCCAACUAUUUAUUUAAUAAGUGUACACAUUCCUACUCAUAUUCCUACAUAUCUUACUGUUUAUAUUCUUCAACGCACCCGCUUUUUUUCACACCUGCAUUGAUUAUACCUAAUCAUUAUACUGUAUAUAUAGAUAAUGUACUUAAUUAGAUUUUUUGUUGUUGUUGUUUAGCCUAUUCAUACCUGCAGUAACCAACACUGUGUAUAUAUUUUUAGCAUAUUCAUUGCACACACACACACACACACACACACACAUAUAUAUAUAUAUAUAUAUAUAUAUAUAUAUAUAGUAUAUUCAGCCCAUACCUGCACUGCCCAUAUGUACAUACCUUGCACUUCUGGUUAGAUGCUAAACUGCAUUUCGUUGUCCCUGUACUUGUACCGUGUUCAAUGACAAUAAAGUCUAAUCUAAUCUAAUCUAAUCUAAUCUAAUCUAAUCUAUUACUGCAAGGAAAUUAUAAAGAAAUGAUCAUAAAUGUUCUUCCUUGAGCUGCGGCACCCCGCUGUAGUCUGUAAUGGACUGGCCUGAGGUCUCACUACAAACAAGCGUCUGCUGGAAGAGAGUAGGUGAGUUGUGUUUAGUCUCUUUGUUAAAGAAAUUAGUCAAAGUUAAUUUUACGCCUGAAUAUUCCUUUAAAUACUUUAACUGAUGAAACAUAAAUGUGCAGGACAGCUUGCACAGAAAGAGGUUCAGGGAGUGUGUGCAACAAAAAUCUCAAGCAAGGCAAAUGACAGUCGUCUUUCUGCUGUGAUUUUAGAUCCUUAGAGAAUAAAUGAUUGUGAUUUUCUGUAACUUGAGGUGUUUGUGUCACAGAAAAAUACAUUUUCAGGGGUUUUUAUUCUGCAGAGACGACCUGAAAACCGACACGGCUGCCUCUUCAAUGAUUAAAAACCUGUCUUCUCCUGCACAGCGUGGGCUGGGAUUCAUGCGUGCUCUUAGUGAUACGAUGUCAAAACAUGAAAUGAGAAAUGACUGUUAGGUAACACCGUUUUUCCAUCUGUGAGAGCUGUAACAAUACUGCGCACUCAUCUCUGCAGGGUGCAUCUAACUUUACCCCGAAAGAGGAGGAAAAAAAGACGCUGCUAAGAGAGGCUGCUAAUGCACAGAGAGGAACAGAAGAUGACAGACAGUCUAAGUGAGAUUAAAUAAAAGGGAAGAAAUGCUGAAUACGGCUCUUCAGAGGCUACAGGCGAAAUUUAUUAGGAUUCAGGGACAAACAUUUUAGUACAAGACUUACAGACAAUAACUCAGCGGGAAAUAAACACAUGGAUCCAUCUGUGAGGAGCAUGUUCUUUAUGGAGGAAGGAGAAAGUUUUUAUCCUAAGGUAGAAAUCUUUAUUCCAAGAGAGAGCAGACAGAGACAGUCCGUCAUGUUUUUGUUUUUUUUCAUAUUUCAGGCUUUGUUUAGAAAAAUUAACCAGAUUUUCGUUCAUUUGACCUGAUGUUGUUGUUGUUCCUCGGAUCAGUCAGAUUUUAAAGUUUAGGGUGAGCUGGGGUGGAGACCAUGCUGACCAGAAAAUUAUACAACAACAGGAUGUUGGGGUUACAGGAUCAGUCCAAAUGUGGGACCAGAAAUGAGCCAGAAACCGUCUCUGAAGGCGAACAAUGACCGUUAGCACAGACUCCCCUGCAGUUUUGACUGUCUGAAAUCAAUGUUACUUUACGCUGUCGCAAACAGAUACAUGUCAGGCACUAGGACUAAACGGCUGCUUAAGCCGAAAAAUGGUUUCCCACAGUUUGGACCGCCCACAAGGUCCUUGAUUGGCUCUGCCGCAGGGACGCUUUUUGUGUGUGAUUGGCUAUCCCUGCUGUCAGUCAUCCCAUGUCCACCGACUAGAGUUUUGCAAGUUUCUCGUAACCCCAAAUUUUCACCGCAUCCGGAAUGGCUACAAAAAGGCCAUAUUCGCCGAGACUCAGAUUAACCCGUGCUGGAAAGGAAGUCGGCCACAGACACAAAAUAAAACAUCCGGCUUCUUUUCAAAAUAAAACACUCCGUGUUUCAGGAGGAUCGUAUUUCACACCAUGCAAACGGGCGGAGACGAACAAUUGAAAGGUUUUUAGACGUCAUUUCACCCCGAUGACACCAUGGAUGAGGAGAUGCUGAUUCUAGAAGUCUAGAAGUAGAUUUCCUCCUCUGGAAGGACACAAUCUACUGCUUAUAUGUCUAUGUGUCUGUCUUUAUACAGACAACUUGUUAUCGUUAUUAAAUGAAGAAAUCUGAGCUGAACACUGACGUUUGAAUCCACGUGUCACAUCGAUACUCAACUCACAUGUGCCCCCAAACCUUUGAAUUUCGUCCAUGACCGUUAGCGUUGUGGGUCAUACUAAUACAGCGCUCAUAAUGAUCCUUAAAUCGAAAACCCCGAGCCGAUGUUUGUUCUCCUUCAGAGAACAGAUGUCUGCGCUGACCGAGUGGAUAUUAUGACAGCCGCCCUCGAGCGCCUCAUCAAAAGAUUCUGUGAUUAAGGAGAAGAGAGAGUCGUCUCAUUGUUCGGAGAAAUUACGCAAAUGAUCCCUCAUUGUCCUGACUAACUCCUCCUCGUACAGCUCUCCGUCUUAAUUACUGUUUGUCUGAUGGAGGCGCAGACGGAAACAAAGAGGGACGGACGGGAAAAAGGGUGAAGGAAACAAAAGAGACGGAGAGUCCAGUGAGCUUUUCAAACUCAGACAUGCAACUAAAAGUGCUUUUAUAUUUACACAAGUGGUGGAAUAUUCAGGGCGCGGUAAUCAAGUGUCGAUGUUGUUUUUACAUGAGCUAUAAAAACAGCAGAAGCAACAUGACAACCUGCUUUAAAAUCUAGAUACAGUUCUUCAAAACGAAGGAAAUCUGUUAUAAUUAAAGUUUUAAUUUUAGUAUAACUGUCUAAUAUCUGAGUUCAGUUUAUCAACCAAUUAGGGGCUGUUUCUGGGAUCACCUGACCUGCAAAGACACAAUAGAAAGCGAACUAUAGCUGUGAUGUCAGACAGGUAAAAGACCACCUCAGCUUUAAAGGUGGGAUAGACAAAGCCGUUCUCCACCUCCUCUAACCUGAUUGGUUGUGAGGCAGACGCUGCUCCCCCGUGUCGUUCAGGAGCCCAAACAAAGUUAGCGUGCUACAAUAUCGGACAGUAGAAACCAACCAGAAAGUUCGGAAAAUUGUCUGAAUCCUCCUUUGGCCACGACUGCCGACACAAGCAAGAAAACAGUCAAACAUAAACAGUCAGCAAGAAAACAGUCAGCAAGAAAACACUCAGCAAGAAAACAGUCAACACCAAACCGUUCAACAGGAAAACGGUCAACACCAAAACAGUCAACAAGAAAACAGUCAGCAAGAAAACGUCAACUAUAAACAGUCAACAAGAAAACAGUCAACCAUAAACAGUCAACACCAAAACAGUCAACAAGAAAACAGUCAACAAAAAACAGUCAACAAGAAAACAGUCAACAAGAAAACAGUCAACAAGAAAACAGUCAACACCAAAACAGUCAACAAGAAAACAGUCAGCAAGAAAACAGUCAACACCAAAACAGUCAACAAGAAAACAGUCAACAAGAAAACAGUCAACAAGAAAACAGUCAACAAGAAAACAGUCAACCAUAAACAGUCAACAAGAAAACAGUCAACAAGAAAACAGUCAGCAAGAAAACAGUCAACACCAAACCGGUCAAAAAGAAAACAGUCAACAAGAAAACAGUCAACAAGAAAACAGUCAACAAGAAAACAGUCAACAAGAAAACAGUCAACAAGAUAACAGUCAACAAGAUAACAGUCAACCACAAUCAACAAGAAAACAGUCAACAAGAAAACAGUCAACAAAAAACAGUCAGCAAGAAAACAGUCAACAAGAAAACAGUCAGCAAGAAAACAGUCAACCAUAAAACAGUCAACAUAAAACAGUCAACUACAAACAGUCAGCAAGAAAACAGUCCACACCAAAACAGGCAACAAGAAAGCAGUCAACAAGAAAAUACUGCUCCCCCGUGUCGUUCAGGAGCCCAAACAAAGUUAGCGUGCUACAAUAUCGGACAGUAGAAACCAACCAGAAAGUUCGGAAAAUUGUCUGAAUCCUCCUUUGGCCACGACUGCCGACACAAGCAAGAAAACAAAGUAAAUACCGGAGACUCUGGAGGAAUAACGGGCGCUUAAAACGGAGGUAGACCGGACAAGAGCUAAAAAGACGGGUCAGCAUAAACGAUGGGGGACGCUGAGCCCGACUACCCCACCUUUAAGUCGAAUCAGCAUAUCCAGCAUAUCGUGGUGGAGGUCAAAGGUCAAACGCAGUGGACAGGUGCCUGUAGCUGACAUACUUCACAUGUGCAGGCACACACACUCACGAACACACUUCUCACCUGGACCUCCAGUGUACAGGUCUAAAUGUCAGACCUGUGUGAAUGUGAUCUGACUUCAUCGCCACACACACACACACACACACACACACACACACACACUCACACACUCUCCAGAACUCCCCACUGUGAUGGCUCCAAUUACUGAGAAGGGUCACCUGAGCAGGUUUUCUUGAAAAGGUCAUCCAUCAUGUCACGUCCCGUCAUGCGGGUGUGUAUGUGUGCGUUCCUGUGUUGUGCGUUUGUGUGUCUGUUGUGCUCUUAAUUUCAGCUCCGAUCCUCACCCGUGUUUCCUUUAAAAUCAUGUCAAAGUCGAGCUGAUGCAGAUUAAUAUCCUGAUGUGAAAGAUUUACUAAGUUGUGCACCUGCCUGAGGUAGGAGAGACUGCACUCCUUUUUGUCACCCAGGAUUUCCUUGAUCAGCUGUGGAGUCUGGUGAUCCGCAGCGGAACGGAAAGAAGCCGGUGGAAAUUGACUCGUUAACCUGAAUGGUUACGAUCAGCAGAGAUGUCCUUUUCAUAGCCGUUCGGGAAGCGGUGGAAAUCGGGGUUUAUGGUGUUUUACUUUGAUAUCGAUGUUUUUAUAGUUUGAAUUUUUCAGUCGUGCUCUGUAACACGCCUGAUGACUCAUUCCUCUGCACAGAGCAUCAUGUUUGAUCGUCAUUUUAAAGAGCAGAUAUUAAAGAGUGUGAUGAAGUGAUUCUGAUUCAAACGUCUGUAUUCAGGAUCGCUUCAGGCUGCGUUUGCUGUGUUAAAUGGACUGGUCUUAAUCUGGACCCUCCUCUGGGUGUUUCUCUGCUUUUAGACGAGUUUAAACUUCCAUUUGAUCGACUUGGAAAUGAGCCGCAGCGUUUCUCUCUGAUCUGGUGCUUAAACUUUCCUUUUUUUUACUUUGCAGUGACGUCCUCUUAUUUGCAUAUUUUGCUUUUCAGACUUGGAUGUUGUUUUCUGACUCCAAAGGGCACAAAGCUGCCAGACAUUUGCUGACAUUUAAGAUGAAAAUCUUUGUUUGUGCGCUGAAAACGGAAGAUUCACGCGCGAAAACAUGUCUGCGAAAAGAAAGACAUUUUAAUAAUAUACAUGAGUUUCCUGCUCCCCCAGAGAGUUUUCCACCCACCAAAGAGUGCAGCUGUUUUCAAACUGCAAUUUCACCUGUAAAUGUGUUUGAAAAACACUUCAAACUAACAGUCUGAUGUGCUGCAGUGGUCCGUACAGUUUCCAUUUAGAGGAACAGGCUGUGCAUUCAGACAUGAUUCUGCAAAACACGAAAAACCAACGUCUGAGACAAACGGAGGAAACAGCAGAAGAAAUAUCAGAGAGAGGAAGACCGAAUCAAAGUUUUCCACUCUGUUAUUGAACAUGAACACACUCGUAUAGACCAGAGAUAAACACAGGAUCAUACAGACGAGCACUUACAGACGUGCAGAUGUCAAAGUGAAGAGGCUGCACAAUCACAACACUCAAGAAGUAAACCUGAAACUUUCCAGCAGCUUCAAUAAUCUGGUCGUCUGGGUCUGGGAUGAGAUCCUGCCCCCAAGUACAACUAAAAUCGCUGCUGGUGGUCUCAAAAAGUGUUAUGGGGCGUCGACACCAAGUGCGAGUAAAAUCAUCUACUCGCUUAAUUCGCGCGAAUCUAGACGCAAAAAUGAACAGUAUUUCCUCGCUUCAUUCACGUGUCAACAUUAAUUUCAACAGUAAUCAUACAUGCAACCAGCUGCCAAUUCUACCGGUGGGAUCAAGUGAUAGACGAAGGUUUUUUACAAUUUACCAGGUAAUCCGACCUCCUCACUCACUCAUCAAAUAAUUUGGGGUACCCACACACCGACACGAUCAGUUUGUUCUCCAUUUUAGAUACCAUCCAUCUGUUUUCUUAGAUCACCCUGCAACUUUCGUGCUGAUUAGUUAUCCCGACCUCAAUAUCCGCUCAAGUUGAGACAUUUUCAGCUCCCACUCAAUUCGCGUCAUUCCGGCCGACAGAGUAGCAGAAGUGUCUAAUCGCGUCUUUACAUUGACUUAACGUAAUUUAUUCGCGUAAAUGAUUUUAAUUGCGGAGACAGUUACAAAACCCACAGGAACCAGAACGUCUCCAGUCCACUCCGGAAUAUCAGGAGGAUCAAAUUCUGAAGCAUUAUAAUCAAUGUGUGUAAUGUUGGAGCACGGCGCAUCAAUUCAGCGCAGCAGGAGCAGCAGCGGAAGUUUUAUGCAGUUACAAAGUUAAAUAUCUGGUUAAUUUUGAAAAUAAAAUAAAGUCAAUACGUUGAACUGUUCUUAACUUGAUAAUAGGAGAGGUCAGGGUUGUAGGAUGUGGGUGUUUACAUACACUGAUCGGCGGAUUCAUUCUAUGACUCACAGGGAAACUCGUGAGAUCUCGUCCAGUCUUGCGGGAAAUAUCGGUCGACACGUGGGCGCUUCUUCUCUGAUGGAGGCAGAGGAUCGGAUCCGAUGGGCACCCUAAACUCCACCGUACAGCCAACAGCCUCUCUGUGCAUGAGUGCUGUUUGUACAUAAAGGCAAAAUGCAUUAAUUCAGGUCUUUGUGCACAACAGUACUAGUGCAUACUCAGGUGAUGAGAGAAGAGAGAGGAAACCACAUUUGGUUGUUGAAAAUAUUGAGAAGUCGUAGUUUUGUAGAUGUCUGCCAUCAAUCCUGUAUAGGUCUUCAUCAGCUCCGGAUCACACCUGACAUCCUCUCCGGGUUUUUCGUUCUGUUGAGCACAUUCGGACUCUUCGGUGGCAUUUGAAAACCCGCUGCACUCAGACACAAAAGAGCAGGAGUGUUUCACUAAAGGUCAGCGCUACUUUGUCGUCUGGGAUGGGGCGAGAAGAGGAGGGCAGCUAAACAAACACCGAACGUGCUUCACACGGAAAAGGUCAAGGGCCGGCAAAACAAAGACGUGAUGGAUUUCAUUUUCCUCACUUUUUCUCCAGUUGAAGGUGACGUUGUUGUUGUUAAAAAAACACACUAUGAGGCUCGACUUCUCCUUGAAAACUUCACAUCCGAGCUUUAAUAUUCCUCCGCUCUGUGACGCCACAGUCAUCGGUAAUUAAAUCGAGCGUGUUUGACGAGCUCUGGGAAAAACAGUCACAUCCGUCAGACUGAUCCUGCAAGUAAGCACGUGGAGGGAAAUGGCGUUCCUCGAGGUUUAGGGGCAACAUGUAGGAGGAAAUGAAUGAAUUACAGUAGGCAUGUCCUUGUAAUUGUAUUUGUGUUAUUUCCCCGAGGGUCCCUCGUUUACCUCCGCUCUUCAUAACACAAAUACACAAAUACACAAACACACGAGCAGAGACUUCCUCUCAUUUGUCUCUGCAUGAACUCGCUCCGAUGACGUCGGCGUCCGUUACUGUUGUGAUUCAGGCUAAAAUUAGACGAUUAUUCACCGUCUUUGGCAAAGUAGACUUCGUUUAGUCGUAAGGAUUUAACUUUACGCAUAAAUCUUCAUAUAAUUUGAGUUGUAUAAUACUAUUGUUAUGUUUAAGUAAUUAAUCAAGGUUUGAUAUUGUUGUAUUAAAUGUCAUCUGCGAUGCUUUUAUUUUGCUGUUUUUGCUGCCUUUGGUCCAAAUGUCCUGCUUUUAUUUUGAAAGGUUGCUGAAGAGGCUUUGGUUAGAUCAUGACUUAUGUCUGAAUUUUUCUGCCCUCCUGAAGUUUAAUGAAUAAAUGCAAUGACAUACAGCUGUAACAUCAUGAAUCAUACAUUUAAAGCACAUUUGUACUCCUCUGCAUAUUAAAAUUUUGCAGCUAAAUUGGGUUUUGAAUAAGAAUACAGAUGUUUGCAUGGAGGAAAUAUGAUGAUACAACCAAAACGGUGCAAAAGUCAUUUUCAGAUCAAAGUAUUUGUUCCUUCAGACGAGGUAAAUGACGAUUGAAGGGUUCAUGAGUCUCUGUGAAAGCCUCACAACAGAGAUCUACUCUGUGAUGACAAACUUUGUAUAAAAGUAAGACUAUCUGUACUAAUCAGACAGAUGUGACGACAUUAUCGAAGUUCUCUUUCUUCACCCUCAGAUGAUUUCAUAAACACAGAUCUGUGUCACUCCUCCACUUUCACUCGUUUCAUCUACAUAAUCGCCUUCCCGUUCUUGCUUUCUUGGGAUUUUUCUUUUUAUUUCCUUGUUUCCUUUCUCGCAUCAACUCAACCUAACGUCAAACUGUAGUUUUAGGAGGCACUGGUGAGGAAAAAUCUGGUAAAACCUUCAACUGUUGGGGUUCAUUUUCACAAGGUUCUUGGCAGAUUUUGGCAUUAUUAUUUUUUUAUCAAGAGGGUACUUUUUUGUCGUUCUUCUUCUCAAACAGGUCAUGGAGUGGUUAAAUCUGACCAUGCAGAGGGAGCUGAAUCAAUGUGGAAAUGUGAACCUGUGUUUCAAUCAUGUUUGUGAAGCGGUGCUGACAUCUGCUGGUAGAGAGUGGGGUAACAACACAUGGACUCGGCUGUCAUUAUUCUGACGAAGCUCUUACUCUCAGUUUCUUUUGUAGUCACAAAUAUUUUAGAUCUAAAUCAACCAUUUUUAAGUUCUAGAAAAAAAAAGGUCCUGGGUGAAUAUCUGUCAGGUCUCUCAGUUUAAAAGUUCAAUCACAUUAAUAUUUUUAUUUUUAAUCUGGUAACUAUUUCUUUACAUGUUGAUCAUCUUAUGAAUAUAAUUUGUAUUUUGAAGUCUUAAAUGCACUUGAUAUUUUGUUUUUUAGGGCCUAUGUCCACUAGACACUGUCUUUGAUCAGCUGACCCUUAGAGGUCCAAUAGACUUCCCCAUCUCAUUAGAAGUCAGUACACUUUUUUUAUGCACUUCCAUUUUAAUUUUUCGUCAAUCCAGCUUUUGUCGAACCUCACCUAAGUCCGGUUCUGCUGGUUUUUAGCGUUAACCAAUAGUCACUCGGCCCAGAUCCAGAACAUUGUCGGCCAAAACCCUGAUCCCCCAGUACGCCGUCUUCACUCGGCGGAAAGAGGCGUCCUUCACGUCACAGCGAUACGUUCCUAAAAUGACACAAGAAAGAAAACCCAAUAGUUCAAUUAUUGUUUAAUGUCUUUAUUUCACCACCAGGGGGCAGGAUUGUGCUUUUUUGUGUUGGUUUGAACUCAGACUGUUCUAGGCAAUCAUUAUUCAAGUUUGACAGGACUGAAAAAAACUCUAUAUAAAGUUACAUUUAACAGUUUUUAAUAUUUAUUCAUAUUUGUGUUUUUGUCAUUUCUUUUUUAGGGUAUAAAUGCCAUCCAGGAUCGGCUUUAUAAAACCAGCUUGUAAAAAAAGGCCAGAAACCUACCAAUUAAAUAGCUAAUUUGAGUCAGAUUUUAAAUAGAAAGAUAACUUUUUAAUGUGUAACUUUAGGGCCUAUGUCCCCUGAUGAUAUUGGUAGUUUAAUGAUUAAUGUCCAUUGAUGAUAAUGGCAGUUUUAGGGCCUAUGUCCUCUGAUGAUAAUGGCAAUAUAAGGACCUAUUUUCCCUAAUGACAAUGGCAGUUUAAGGGCCUAUGUCUGAUGAUGAUAAUGGCAGUUUAAGGGCCUAUGUGCAGUAGUGGUUACAGCAGUUUCAGGGCUUAUGUUAAGUGGUAAGUGUUGAUAACAUAUGCUUUAAAACUGAGGUUAUGGUCAUAGCCAGCAAAAGUAAAGAAGUGCAAUCAGUGGACACAGGCCCUAAAUUUGAGUCCCUUAUAGCAAAAUCAAGUGAUGUAGCUUAAUGCAGUACAGUGUGUUUGAAGCACAGGUGUGUUUACCUGCGUCCUCUUCUUUGACAGGAUCCAGGACCACUCGAUCCAGCAGAGGGGCGUUCCAGCGGGUAAACAGAGAGUCGUCAGAGCUGAUUAUACCGCGGGCGAUACGCCAAGACACCCUACACGUACAACAAUAGAAAGAAAUUACCUUGAACACUGCCCUCUAUCGGCGACCUGCUGCAAUUACACCUGGCAUGAUCGUGAGUUUAAAGGACAAAUUCACCAUUUUAAUUCGUAUUUCUCACUAAUGUUAGCAAACUCUCUGAAAGUGUCGCCAACCCUUCCUUCCCUCCUUGUCUCCUCCAUCCUCACCUCCAGGAGAAACUCCCCAUCACCUCCGUUACCUCCUUCAUACAGUCAAUCUCAACCCUCUGUCCCGUGGUCACCGUCAUCGUCUUCAGUCCACACUGCCACGACUCCUGACACCUCACCUUACGCUCUCGACACUUUUCUGA